AUGAUUAAAAAAUUGUUUUCUAUUAAUUCCCUUUUAAAGGUAACUAAAAAAUAUAGUACAUCAAAACUGUAUAUACCGUAUAAUCAGACAUCCGAUACAUAUGUUGUCGUUGAACCAUAUUUGGAUCUGGAGAAUCGUUUAAAAAAUAUAAAUAUUUUAAAAGAUAAUAUUACAUUAAGGGGUUUAAAUAUCAAUUUAGAUAAAAUAUGUGAUAAAUGGUCAAAUUUCACAAACGCACGAGACGAAAUUGUCUGUUUAAAUGUCGAAAAACAAAAAAUUGCUGAACAAUUUAAAAAAAUUAAAAAGGACAAUAGUAAUGAAAUACAGAUGCUUAAAGAAAGUAGAACAAAAGUAAUGACAAGAUUAAAGUCAUUGAGAGAUGAUAUUUCUACAUUAGAAAAGGAAGUGGUUAUUCCUAGUCUUAGUAUACCCAACAGCUUACAUCCUGAGUGCCCUUUAUCUGAAAGUAAAAUUUUAUUUCAACAUUCAGGAAAAAUUAAAAUUGAUAAUAAAGACUGUAUAAAUCAUUUAAAAAUUGGCUCAACCUUGGAAUGUUUGGAUUAUAUAAAUCCUGUAAUUGUUUAUAUUAAGAAUGAAGCAUCUCUCUGUGAACAAGCAAUAAUGGCUUAUUUCAAUGAGUCUUUAGAAAAGUCUGAUUUUAUACCUUUUUGUAAUUCAGACCUUAUUAGAAGUGUAAUUAUUGAAGGAUGUGGUGCUGACAUUGACAACGCUGAUCAAACAUUUAUUUUAAGUGAAAAAAAUCUGCACUUGACGGGUGGUGCAAGUCUUCAAUCUUUCUGCGCAUUUCUUACCAAAAUGUGUGUUGGAGGAAAUAAACUGCCUCUGAAGUUGUAUUCAACUGGUCGAUCAUAUAAACCUUUUAUUAAAAACAUUGGACUUUUCUCUGCUGUGCAAACAAAUGCUGUUGAAGUUUUAAUUGGUUCAACUGAUGAAUGUAAAUCCAAAGACCAAUUUGACAAAAUGUUGACCAUUUACAAACGACUGUAUGAAAAUAUUGGUUUAGACUAUCGCAUAGUUUACUCUCCAGUUUCCAAAUUAGAAAACUGGGAGAGUUUAAGGGCUCAAGUAGAAUUAUACUCUGUUAGCUGUAGAACGUAUGUAACUGUUGCUUCAUUGUCUUUAUCUGGGGACUUUAUUAGCAAGCGCUUGAGAAUUUAUUGGUCUGGCAAAGACAAAAACAAUUUUUUACACAUUGUUAACGGAAAAAUGGUAGACACUAAUGUACUGCUAGGAUGUUUGUUAGAACAAAAUGUAAAUGAGUUUACCGUACCAGACUGUAUAAAAAAUUAUAUGAUUGUAUAAAAUAUUUAUAUAAUUUGCUUUGUAUCUUAUACAUGAAUAAAUUACUUUUAAUGUA